AUGGGUGGCUUGGCCUCUGCGUUGGCUCUCGCCAAGAAGGGAUUCAAACACAUUGAAGUCUUUGAAAUGGCGUCUGAUCUUGGAUUUGUCGGCGCCGGUAUUCAAAUGGCGCCAAACCUGGUUCGAGUGUUGAGCCGGCUCGGUUGCUGGGAGAGCAUUGAAGCUGAAGCUACCGAGGUGCUUGAAGCCAGCAUCAGGGAUGGUGCCUCUGGCCAGGAAUUAACCCAUGUAACCAUGCCCAACAUCCGUGAGAAAUACGGCUACCCCCACUGCACCGGCCACCGCGCAUCUCUUGCCGGGGGGCUUUACGAAGCAUGCAAGAAGGAGGCCGCGAUUACUUGGAGCUUCGGCUGCGCUUUUGAAGGCAUCGACCAAUUCGUCCCCGUUCCUUUGAUCACUGUGAAGCCUCGGAACGGCGAGCCCCGUCAGGUUCAAUGCGAUGUCCUGCUCGCAGGCGACGGCGUCAAGUCCCGCGUCCGCGCCCAGAUCCUCGCCAGGCUUGGAGCGCCGGGCGUCGUUGAAGACACCGGCCAGGCUGCCUACCGCGUCAUGCUUCCUCGCGAGAAGAUGAUGGCAGACCCUGAAAUGGCUGCGCUGCUCGAUAGCAACCAAGUCACGCGGUGGAUUGGUGCCAAGCGACACUGGAUCGCGUAUCCCGUUGCCGGUCAGACCAUCUACAAUAUGUCAUCGACUCAGCCGGAUACUCACUUCGCCACAGCGCCUACGGCAACUUACACCACCAAGGGCUCGAAGAAGGACAUGCUGGACGUGUUCUCCGACUUCUGCCCCCUCGUGCUGCGCAUGCUCGACAUGGUUCCUGAUGGCGAAGUCUGCGAGUGGAAGCUGCGCAUUCACAAGGCGUUGCCUACUUGGACUCACUGCACCAUCGCCCUUCUCGGCGACGCCUGCCACCCAACUCUUCCGCACUUGAACCAGGGUGCGGGUAUGGCCAUCGAGGAUGCAGCAGUGCUGGCAGAGGUCUUGUCGCGGGCCCCCGACGCUUCGCCCAAGACAAUCGGAAAGUGUCUGCAGGUCUACGAGCUUCUUCGCAAGGAGCGCACUACCACCCUCGUCGAUUUGGCGGCUGCAUCAGGACGGACACUCCAUCUCGGAGAUGGCCAAGCAAAGGCUGAGAGAGAUAAGCAGUUUUCAGCUGCCAACCAGAACGGAAAGAACGUCCCGGAUAAGUGGGCGUCACCCGAGGUCCAGGAAAUGAUAUACGGUCAUGAUUGUAUGAAGAUUGCAGCGGAGAGGUUUGAUGAGUUGUACCAAGGACUGGCCCGCGGUGAAGGUACGCCACGGAUGUAG